AUGUCUACAACGUCAGAGAGCUUCGCGGGCGCAGUGGCUGGUCCGAGCAAGCCUCCUCCAUACCUGCAACGAUCUCUUCACAUCCACUACAUCGCCUCUCUUCACACACACACCUCCUCUCUGGCCUACCGCCUCACAACGCACCUGCGUCUAAAUGCCAUCUACUGGGCCCUGUGCACCUUGCACAUACUCGAUGCUCCAGAUGCUUUACCCAGGAACGAGCUGGUGCAAUUCACACUGAGCUGCUGGGAUGAAGAGAGGGGAGCAUUUGGCCCUCAUCCGGGACACGACGGGCAUGUUCUCGCUAGUUUGAGCGCUGUGCAAAUACUCGCUCUUUGCGAUGCCUUGCCUGAUCUUGAUGCUGAGAAGCGUGACCAGCUGAUCAAGUGUGAGUGAGCGAGUGAAGCUCUUUGUGCUCGCCUUGACGAGCUGCUCAUGUCUAAUUGCACACCUCUUGAGGUCAACAGUCAUCACCUCGCUCCAGAACCCAAGCACAGGUGCAUUCAGCGGUGAUCAGACAUAUCUCGAAGAAGACACGCGAUUCCUCUAUUGCAGCGUAUCGACCUUGUCGCUCUUGGGAGCUCUGCAUCAUCUCGACAAGCCUCUCACCAUCCGUGCUGUGCUCGCAGUUCGCAACCACGACGGCGGAUUUGGCACAGUGCCCGGAGCAGAGUCUCACGCAGGGCAAGCCUUUGUAUGCAUGGGAGCCUUGGCAAUACUGGGUGGACUGGACGGAUUAGACAAGAAGGCCAAGGAUAAAACGGCCACCUGGCUGGCCGAGAGGCAGCUAGAGAACGGAGGGCUGAAUGGCAGGCCUCAAAAGCUCGAGGAUGUGAGUAUUGGGUGGCGCGCACGCAGUUGGGCCCACCAUGCUGCAGUCUGACAACGCGAUGACGAUGACUCUCACCCGCAGGUUUGCUACAGUUGGUGGGUCCUCACAGCUCUCUCCAUCCUGCACAAGCUGCACUGGAUUUCUCCUCCGAAGCUUUGCGAGUUCAUUCUAUCUGCUCAGGUAAGUUUGCACACAACUUCACUCGUCGGAGCACGAAGCUUGACUCACACUUCCUCACCAAUCGCAUCCUACUUAGGAUCCUGACCACGGUGGAAUCGCAGACAGGCCCGACAAUGUAGCGGACGUCUUUCACACCUUCUUUGGCGUUGCCGGGCUAUCGCUGCUAGGCUAUCGGUUAGACAACAAUGCCAAAGAUCAAAGUCACGAGUCAGCCGACGUUUUGAAAGAGGAAGAGUCGGGUCAAGGCUUGUUGCUGCAGGAAAUCGACCCAGUGUAUGCGCUGCCCGCGCGCGUCACAAAGAAGUUAGGUCUGCAACUCGACUAUCAAGCCCUUGGCAGAUAG